AUGGCACUCUCGCAGCGCAUCCCAAUUCUCCUCUGCGGUAAGAAGCUGAGCAAUGGCAUCCAAGUCACCGAACUCCUGAAACCCGAAUUCGAAGUAAUCCAAUUUAUAAACUCCUUUGACUACGCAAAAUCAGAGUUCGCAAAUCUGCUUUCUGGCCAAGCGCCCAAAACACCAAGCUCAAACGCCAUCGGCACACACGACUACACCCAACCCCUUCGCGCCGUCAUGUUCGGGCGGGGGUAUUCAUACGAUCAAGUUAGUGAACUGUAUGAGUUAUUCAAGGGGAAGAGUAGUAGGCCUAUUGCGUGGAUCGCGGGUGACCCGGAUUUUAAGUUGCCUCCAGAAUUACCACCGGACUAUGCGGUGGUGGCAGCGGAGAAUACAAAGAGGGCUUUCAAGAGGUGGGAGGAUGCCGGGGGCAAGAGGGAGGAGAUUGUUCUUUAUUGA